AUGCCUCCCAAGAAGCAGCUGAAGGCAAAAGGAGUGAAUGUGUCCAGCUCCUUAGACCUGGAGUCGGAGGACAUCAGCCUGGAGACCACUGUCCCCACAGCGGAGGAGGUGUCUUCCUCAGAUGAACUCCGGGAGGGCUCUCAGAGGGUCACCCGGCAGGUGCUGGAGAGGAAGGAGCUGCUGCACAACCUCCAGCUGCUUAAGAUUGAGCUGUCCCGGAAAACCCUGCUCCUGGACAACAUGAAGGCUGACCACAUGACGAAGGUUGAAGAAUUGGAGGAGAGACUGAAUGAUGCUCUACACCAGAAACAAGUGUUGUCUCUCAGGCUUGACAGUCAGCUGAAACUUGCUCAAGAGGAAAACAAUAAGCAGCAGGUACUGCGUAAGCAGGAAAUGGAGACCAUCAUGAUGAGGCAAAAGCAACUGGAGGAGACCAACAGACAGCUGUGUGACAAGGCUGGAGAGCUUCGUCGUUCUCUAAGAAGUCUGGAUAUCUCCCGGGACAGAUACCAGGAUCUAAAGACUUUACCAGAAGAUAAGAUGACCAUACAAGAAUAUGUUUCUGUGCUUUUCUAUGAUGCUGUGAAUCCUCUGCGGACUCAAGUGACAGAGCUCAGUCUAAAAAAUGGCAGUUUAAACAAGGAGCUUGAUGUACAUCGGACACAGUUGAAGUCAUUAAUGGAGAGCUAUGAGGAGGAGCGACGUCUUCGAGCUGAGCUUGAGAUUCGGUGCCAAAAGCUGACCCUUGAUUUGGCUGACACUAAACAACUAAUUCAGGAGGGAGACUACCGCAAGGAAAACUACCCAACCAUCAGACGUGAGAGAGACCAGCUGGAUGUGGAAUUGAAGGAGUUGAAAAGGAAAUAUGAGAGCCUUGAUUUAACGCACACUGCUCUUAACAGAGAGAGAGACACACUCAACAAACAGGUGGCGAUAUUGCAGCAGUCAGCGACCCUGCUGCAGAAGGAUAAGGAGUACCUUCACAGACAGAACAUGGAGCUGAGUGUCCGCUGUGCACAUGAGGAGGACCGCCUGGAGAGGCUGCAGGUUCAAUUAGAAGACUCGAAGAAGGCCAGAGAGGAGGCGUAUGAGAAAUAUGUGACAUCCAGAGACAUUUACAAGUCUGAAUAUGAGACUAAGUUGAGGGACGAGCUGGAGAACAUCAGGCUGAAAACUGGACAUGAGAUAGAAAGCCUUCAGAGAGCCUCCAGGGAGAUGUACGAACGGGAAAACCGGAACCUGCGUGAAGCCAGAGACAUGGCGCUGCUGGAGAGAGACCGAGCGAUGGCAGCUGAGAGGGACUCGCAGUCCAGAUACGACCAGCUGCUGGAGCAGUUCAGACAGCUGCAGCUGGGAACAGACAACAGAGUGGCAGAGCUGUCCAAUCAGGCCAAACUUCACGCCUUUGAGGCUGAGCGUGCAGAGAUGGUCAAAGAGGAGACGGCGCAGGCCCUGGCCCUGUGCCAGCUGGAGUGUGAGAAACUGCACAAGAAACAAGAGGUCCUGACACAGGAGUUUUACCGGCUGCAGACGUCCUCUGAGAAGCGUGUGACGGAGCUGCAUGCGCAGACAGCGGAGCAGGCGGCUCGACUGCAGACCUACGAGAGACUGGAGCAGGAGCUGGACCAGGUCACCCUGCAGGCGGCCGAGAUGGGGGAUGAAGAGGAGGCUGAGAGAGUGCUGUUUUCUUAUGGCUAUGGCGCCAACGUCCCCACAACAGCAAAACGGAGGCUAAAACAAAGCGUUCACUUAGCCCGCAGGGUGCUGCAGCUCGAGAGGGAGAACACUGCACUGAGGACAGAACUGGACUCAAACCGGACGCAGGCGGGACACGUGUCUGAGGAGCUUUUGGCAGCCAAUCAACUAUUACAGCAGACACAGCAGCCCUACAGCUACCUGAUCGAGACGGUGAAACUGCGAGAGGCUCGAAUCUGCACUUUGAAGCAGCGGGUGGCGUCACUCGAGGACAAUGUCAACUCUUUGAGGAGAGAGAAGUCUACAUUGCAGCAAGUGAAAAACAACAUGGCUGCUGAUCUGGAGAGGCUCCUCAACCAUCGGGAGGAGUUGGCUGUAAUGAAGCGGGUCCUGAUCAGCAUGAGGUCUGGACAGAUGGAGGAGUCGAACCUGCUGCGAGCAGAUAAAGCCUCCACCAGAGGGACGCAGCAGGCCAAAGGGUCGCCCCACAAACCCAAACCCACAGUGUUUACCAAGAAAGAAGUAUCUGGACGGCACACCAAAAAACCAGAAAAACCUAAAUGA